AACUAAUGAUCACGUGAUACUCAUGUGACGUCAAGCUGUUGAGAUGGUCACCUCCAGCGCCUUUGUCUGCGUGGUUUUAGCUCUGACGUCGGUCUGUUUUCCUUUUAAUUUAGCAACAGUUGUAGAUAGCAGACCGGAAGUUAGUCCGGAAGUGGUGAACAAUGAAGAGGAUAAUGAGGGGAAACUCUCACUUGAUGGCCUAAUUGUAUCAGGUGGCCCACACUAUGUUUACAGAAUAGGUUCAAGACAAAGCACAGAUUUCAAGGAUGACGAGACCGAGCUUAUCCUGGACGAUCACACAAGACAAAGAGUGAAGCGACAGUCAGAAUCAGAUGAGGCAAGUGCACCAUAUCUGGAGAAAUGUGGACAGACCUUAUCACUUGCAUCAGGCACAGGCAAUUUCUCCCAGCCACUUCAUUACUCACUGGCCUACAACACGAAGGACAACAAAUAUCUGAUUGUCUAUGAUUACGGUCGUUCGUCGAUUGAAUUUCCUUUCAGAGUCAUUGCAACAGCAUUUAACCCAAUCUGCAUUCUAACUCCGGGGACUAAAAUUGCUUCAAAGAUUUUAUCGACUCGACACUCGACGAGGUUCACUCUCUAUCAAGGUUGGCCAGCGGUUGCUUACAAUGAGGACAGAAACAGUUAUUUAGUGUUAUUCCAGAUAAGCAGUCGAACUGGCUUUAUAUUAGCCGGACAGAGGAUUAAAGUUAUAGGAGCAUCUAUGAUCCUCGACGGUCCCUUGUUUCGUGCCUUUGAAUUUUAUUGGAGAGGCAAGCGACUGAGUGUGACAAGUGCUGCUAUCACUUACAGUCCGAAGACACGCGGAUACGCCAUUGCAGCUUCAGUGAGGAUCUCAAUAUAUACAAACAUAUUUAUGGGUUGCCUGAACGGAGCCGGCAGUGUGGGUCCAUACCUUCGAGUCUAUUAUUUCCGUAAGUCAUCGGCUUACAGUCCAGAGGUCGUAUACGACCGAACAAACAACUAUGUGUAUGUGAUUGCAACCGCAGAGAGAGACGCUUUAACCAGCCGACGAGUUGAGACAUCCCGUUGCGUCAACUCAACAGAACAAUCUGUGAUUCUUGUUAGGAAAUGCACAACAAAAUGCAGGAAAGCCCAUGGAUGGAAAAAAGCGAUUGCGGUCGGCUCGUCCACAUUGAGGUUUCCAACAGUUCAAGCAUCGUGGGACGAUGCGAUCGACGCUCUCGUUGUUGUGUGGGACACGGAUGAUGAGACAGGAAAACGGUUGUCACGUACUGCUAUUGUUGAUGAUCAAGACGUACUCUGUGAUCCUUACCAAUGUCCGAAUAACAACUCCAUGCGCGGUGUGAGCCUUCUGUAUCACACACGGUGUAACAGGAUGAUCAGCGUGUGGCAGGAAUACCAAGAAAGUCAAUGGUUUGUUGCAGGAUCGCACUUUCCAAUGAAAUUCGUGUCGCGAGAGUCGAGUACUCACGAUGAGAGUGAAUCUCAUUUACUGUAUGACAAAGUAGCUGAUAGGCUGAUAGCCAUAUGGAAGGAUAGAACUGUGAAUUCGACGACAAUAUGGGCUCGUUGUUUGUGCUCGAAACCGGAAGUUCCAUGUCCCAUUCUUAGUGCCUCAUCUGAAAAUGAUACAUUGAAUGUUCCUUGGGUUGAAGAGAGCGCUAGCAACUUUUUGAUUGCUGGUGCAGUUGCAAGUCAGUCUUCAUGUGGUGACAUGCUUUGCUACAUAUUCGAAAAUGUGAUGAUUCUCCACGGUUCCUUUCUACGUGAAAACCCUUUGUUUGUAGACCAAGAAUCUUUGCGUAUUUGCAUGCCCAGACCUCUCUGUUGUCCAGAACCGAGUGAAGGCGUGAAGUACUUUGCAAUGGGAACAUCCACCACAUCACAACUGGUGAUCCCUGCAGGUGAAGCACGAGUCGAAGUCUGGAGUUCCGAACGUGAGAGAGAAUACCGUAGUCUAGUAGGCAACUGAUGACCGAGUUGGAUGUCAUCGUUUGGAUGUCUCUUUUUUUCUGCUUUUUCUAUCUGCUGUGGCCAUUGGUUAUGAGUGGUGUUACCGUAUUUUGGUCUCUGGUGCUAUUGAUGUGAUCUCUUGUGGCUCUUUGGGACUUGACAUUCUCUACUUUUGUCUGAACUUGUUGUGUAGUAGAUCGUGAUAUACUUCAUACUGGAAUGGUUUCUGUCUGGCUAGUUGGUGGUUGAUUCAUUAAUAUAGAAGGCGGAAAUGUG